AUGGCCAGCUGGGCCUUGGAGCUGCUGGGCUUCUCCCUCAGCCUGCUGGGCUUCAUCGGGACGCUGAUUGCCACCAUCCUGCCGCACUGGUGGCGCUCGGCCCACGUGGGCACCAACAUCCUGACGGCCGUGGCCUACCUGAAGGGGCUGUGGAUGGAGUGCGUGAAGCACAGCACCGGCGUCUACCAGUGCCAGCCCCACCGCUCGCAGCUGGCGCUGCCCGCCGACCUGCGCGCCGCCCGGGCCAUGAUGGUCAUCUCCUGCCUGCUGGCCGUGCUGGCGGCCGCCGUGGCCGUGGUGGGCAUGAGGUGCACGCGCUGCGCCGAGGGCAGCCCGGCCAAGGCCUCCAUGGCCGGCUCCGGCGGCGUCGGCUUCGUGGCGGCCGGCCUGCUCUGCCUGGUGCCGGUGUCGUGGUGCACCAACGAGGUGGUGGUGGAUUUCUACAGCCCCACGCUGCCCACUGGGGUGAAGUAUGAGAUAGGGCAGGCUCUCUAUCUGGGGUUUGUCUCCUCGGCCCUGAGCAUCCUGGGUGGGGCCCUGCUGUGCACGUCGUGGCUCGGGAAUGAGGCGGUUUUCCAGCCGCGUUCCGCAGCGCCUCCAUCCUCCAGGCCUCCCAGCGCUUCCAAGGGCGACCACGCUCCCUCCCUGACAUCUGCGUCCCACAGUGGCUACAGACUGAGCGACUACGUGUGAGCUCUCCCUGGAUCUGCCUCGGGAAUGCUGUGCCUGGCACCAGAGUACUCGGAAGGGAUGUUGGCGUUUACCGUUGUUCGUUCCUUCCUUUUCUUCCCCGAGGAGGAAAGGGUGUGGGUGCAGAACUGCUGCCUACAAAACCUGGGAAAUAAAGGCAAAGGAGGCUGAGAUAUUCCCAAGGCAGCACUUCCCUGUCUACCUCCCAUCGCAGCUUUCCAGGCAAUUCAAGGGAUAUUUUGUUUAAAACUAUCGUUUUGUUUGGAGCUGGUGCCCUGUGAAGCAGAACUGGCCACAUUGCUUCAUUUCUUCCCCCAAAACAGACAGAAUUUUCCCUAAAACUCAGAAUUUCUUGGGGAUACACAGUGAUUUCCAGCAGAUUGCCUGCUCAGCUCCUCAUUUCCAUGAUUCAUGAACAUGACAAGGUAUUAAUUUUGCUUUCACUUAACUUUUUGUUUGUUUUUUUUACAGUCCCUUGAAAUAUGAAUUUCAAUGGCACUGUGACAGAUGCAUUUGACAGCCUGUUACAGCCAAUAUUUGAAGUUAUACUACAAUGUUUUGACCUGAUCAAAAUAAAAUUUCAGUGCAUUUGUGAAAUGCAUCACAAGGGAAACAAACCCUCUAAAGUGGCUCAGGACUGAGUUUUUUACACAU